GUGGCGGACUAGUGGUGACUGGAGGUAAGUGCGCCGCGACGGCAGUAACAAGUUGACGAACAUUUUACAGUCGGUUCGUCGGUCUGGUUUUGUAGUUAUCGUUGUUCGGUUUAACGUUCCUUUAACGCGUACUGCCAUCGUAUAACGUAAGCAGUCGGCCCGAUUACAACGGUGCGGAAAUGCGCGGCUAUCGCUAAAUUUGUUCAUUACUUACCGUUUUAUUUGUUUUCCGUUCGGUAAUCGUUUGUCGCCGAUGAUCGUGUAACUGUGUGAAAAGAAGGUUUUUUCGCGGACGCGACACACAAGACAUCGUUACCGGCAUUCGGCCACUGAGAUUUCUUCUUCUCCAUGGGAGCAGCUCAGUCACAGCGGUCGACUAACGACCGCAUUUGAAUCGGAAGACAGGAGUGAGACCGGAAAAAUUCUCACGGUAAAGAAAAAACGAUAGUAUGGCUAGCGGUGAAUUAGAAGUAUUACGAUGCGAGUCCAGUCUAUGGUCUGGACACUGUUGUGCUCGAUGCCGGGCCGAACUGGGACGGAUAAUCAAUAGAGGGGCCAAUUGUCGUGCUUGUCGAGAACGGAUAUGUAUGUCUUGCAGGGAAUAUUCAACUGCCACACAUGCUCCCGAAUGGCUUUGCAUUCGGUGUCAUAAAGAAAAAAUUGAAUCAUUGGAGCCGGCAAAAGAAUGGAUCGUCGAUUUUUUAUCACCAGAAACCAUGAAAUUUCCAAAAAACGAAACUAAACUGGGCAGGUCCCUGACGUUCAAAGACUCGUCUCCGUGGUCGGCCGUCAGAGGGUCGCCCGAACUGCGAGCAUACAGCAGCAUGCCGCGGGGUAGCGUACCGUGGCCGCGGCGGAACGGUGGUAGCGGCGGUGGGGUCGGAGUGGCCUCACGCGUCGGACCACCCGCACCAGCCGUCGUCGGCCCGAUGAAGCCCGACGACCGUCCGGCGCAGCGACAGCCGACCGUGGAUGUCAACACCGUCCACCUGGUGGACACUUGUGGCCACGUCAUCGACAUGCAGACGGUGCCCCAAACGACGACGGUGACGGCCAUCGCCGAUGUCUCAUCGCUGCAGACGUCGGGCGACGUCAACCAUCCCGGUAACGAAUCCGAGGACGAUCGCCGGAAGCAAGUGGCUACCGCUCUGACCGGAUGUCUGUCCAGAGUACAAGAAGAUCUCAAACAUAUUCCACCCGGAGUGACGCCACCACGAAGUCGGCGUUUUCUUCGCCGGGACCCUUUCCUACAUGAAGAAAUUCUCGGUGGUAGUCGGACCAAAGAGGACUAUCGGCUUGUCUUCUUAAACGGGGCCGACUGGUCAUCGGAUGACGGUGGCUGCGGCCGACAAACGUCGUCCAGCCUGUCGGCCGAUGACGAUUGUGACUGGGACUAUUUCAUGGCCGGUCUGGAUGACGACAACGACCAGACGCGACCGCUAGAACAAACGCGGGAACAACAGCAAGAGCAAGACCAACGACAGUCGGCAGGUGGCGCAGGUACCGGUAACUGCGACCAGUUAACCAGCUGUAGUGGUGGCAGCGGUGGUGGCAGUAAACCUAGCGAGACCGACGCGCGCGCAACAACGACGACGACGUUCGUUCCGGUCGUGUUGCCGUUCCCCGUGUUCGUGCCAGUGCCGAUCGUAAUACCGCCGGAGCGCGCGCAAUACACGCUAACCACCGCGUUUGCUAACGUUUUAACUGAAUAUUUCCGCGAACGGGAUGCCGUCAAUAGUGCAGAGGUGAAAAAUGUGAAGGAAAAAAGGGGCACCGGUGGUGUCGUCGAGGAAAUGCCGGAACCCCCCGCGGCCGCCGUCGACGAAGGCGGUGGUGCCGUGCUCACCAUGUACGCUGCCCGUGCGUCGGCCCUCGACGCAAAAUCGUCAUCGUCACCGGUCGCAUCGUGCGGAGAUGACGACCGCGAUGGUGAGGUUGGAUAUUAUUCGUCGUCUUCGUCGCCAUCCCCGUCGCCGUCCGACGACUCGGACGAUUCGGACGCGCAGAAUGUCGCCAUGUCGUACGACGUCAAUGACAGCCCAGACGAUGAUGACGAUGAAGACGAAGACGACGGAUGUAACGUGAAGCUGUCCAGCAUUUUAGAUUCGGCGGCCGCCGCGGCUGUUAAGUGUGCCGCUGGAAACAGCAGCGCCUCAGACGAGUUUUCCGGCACCGAGUCCAUGGAGCAGAUAUCCGUCGACGAAUCUUCCGCCGCCGCCGGCCUAAGCGGCAAGUUUACCAGCCUAAUAAUGAUAACACGGGACGACAAACCAACCGUGAACGUGGUAGCCAGUGAUACCACAAAAAUAAUGCCCACAAUCGUCCAAGACGAAGGGUUCAAACUCACACUGGACACAUCCGAACCGGCUGACGACAGUGAAGUAAAGGUCGUGACAGGCGGUGACACGUUGUCAGCUGUCAUUGCGUUAGAAGAAGGUUUGGCUGACGAUGAUUCUUGGGUGGAAGAUCUGGAUAGGGACGAUUUCAAAAUUGAAUCUUCUGAAGGUGAAGAAAUGUCGUUUGAGGAAGAACCUGAGUUCAGGAGAUCGGCAUUGGACUUUACGUUACACACCAUCGUCGAAGAAAGCUGCGAAGAAAGUGAGGUAGAGUCAGACCGGAACAACCAAACGGAACUGGAAAAAUAUUUUUUCUUCGGUCUUUGCGAUAAAGAUCAAGACGCUGGUAGAAAUACGGAUGCGUUUUCUGAAACAAGUUCUAUCAUAAGCGAAGGUCUCGAGUCUUUGGACAGCAUCGAACCACAGCCAGCAGUAUCGGAAAUGGCUGGAUCUAGACUGGAACGAUAUUUCUUAAGCGAGUUUAUGGGCUUCGAUCGACCAGACUCGGACGGUAGUGUUGGUAGUGACAGUCCAGAACACAGCCCCGAACAACGGAGAAAGAGAUUGGUCAGAGCUAGAGGAACUGGACGUCAACAUUCGUCACUAGAUAAUCUUACAGAAUCUGAACAACAGGUGGAGAUACAAUUGGAUUACGAAGACUCGUCUACAAGCUCGGAUUCGAACGACGAGUCUAUAUCAUUUGAAAAAAGUGACGGUCAAUUUGAUACUGUUAAACGAGGCAAGAAGAAAAAGAGAUCAGUUGUAACCGCUCCUCCUUUGGAGGCAUUGGAAAUCGAAGAAAGCGUAGAAAAUAUCAAUACUGGAGACGACUUGUUAGAUAAAAACUCGGAGAGUGCUGAAAUGCCAGAAGAAAAAGUCACAAUUCCGCUGGCGGAAAGUGAUCAAAAACCAAAUGGCACAGAGGGCCUGACCAGAACCGACAGCUUUAAUAAUUGGAGUUCGGACGAAGAAACAAAUCUAAUGAUGUCUAAAAUGAGAGCGUUUUUCAAGACCAUGUUGGCAAACCAACCUAAACCUGAAGUGCCUGGAGAAAAGAGCAAACCUCCCCAAUUGGUGAAAUUUGAGUCCGAAUUAACCAGAUUAAUGAAAACCGUGCCGGGAAUAAGGGACGAACAGGUGAAAGAAAUCGUCGAAUAUUUAAGUAGCGAGGACACGUGGAGCGAUUCUUACGAUUCGUCGGACUACACAAGUUCUGAUUUGGAGACGGGGUCCAGGCUACAAGACGAAAACCGGGACACUGCGUUCGUCUACCAAAAACUCAUGGCUUCGCUGCGGAAGAUCGAAGUUCCCAGUUCCGAUUCAUCGACGUCCAGGAACUCACCGCCACUAGUCACCAAAGUCAUGCAACACAUCGGAAGCCGCCUCGUUGCGCUGAUGCACGCGGUUUCCGAAAAUCCCGGUACCCCGCGGGCGUCUAGGUAUCACAGACGAUCUCAUCACCACCAUAAAACGUCGAUCAUUUCUACUACCACAGAGGAAGAGGAUGAGGGCGAUGACGAACAAUUUGAUAGUCCACUGCCCAGGUCCAAGUCACACGACCCGUUGUUGGAAGAGGCCCGGCAAGAGGCCAGCGACAACGAAAGGUUCAGCUGGCGAGGCAGUUUUGAGUCAACGCUUAUGAUGUCUGACUCUCGAACACGUUUAACGUCAAGCGGCGAGAGUUGCGUGACGCUCGCGGCCAAAAGACGGUCUGCUGGUGACCUGUUGAUAAAGAGUGCUAACAGUAGCCGGGAACAGUUGGACCGUGUGAGAUCGUGCGGCAGCAUCGGUGGCAGCGUUGAGGACCGAAUCUGGAGGAACGGAAGAAGACGGGGCAGCGUACCCGAUAGUGGUGAUUCAGGUGGUGACAGCGACGACGGUGUGACGGCUACUGGUUCCAAGUCAACCACGUUGCCCAGGAGUCUGCAACAGCAGGCCAUCGCAUCAUCAUCGAAUACAAACUCUCUACCCCGGCUGCCUACAACCACAACUGCCGCACCCGCACAGUCCCCGAGUCCGUUGACUGGUAUAUACAAGGCGCACAGCGUACACCAAUUCAACGUAAAGUCGGCCAGGUACAGGCCACCAGGAUACAAGAAUGUGGCUUCACCGCCACGCAGGGAAUAUAAUCGCAGGAGAAUUGCACAGCAUCCAGGACAACAGCAAUCUGCGUCGACGUCUCCAUCCCCGUCAUCGUCGUCAACGGCUAACUACAAUUUCCAAUCGCCGCCGAUCGGUGCUACGGGUAACGACAACGACUGCAGGACAACGAUAGCCUGCGGCAUCAGUGGUUCCGAACCUUUGGCUAGCUCAGCUUUUUGCUCAAAACCCGAAGACGAGAUGGAAAAAUUGUCGCACAGAAGCAGCUCUUCGCUGGGCGUGGCCAGAAGCGAUUCCAUGGCGUCCGUGUACUCUGGCGCCGGAGAGGGCAGGUAUGGCACAGUGCCUAUCAGGGGUGAGGUGGAGUUUGGUCUUCAGUACAACUAUAAAGCGGCACAGUUCGAGAUCAACAUCAAACAUUGUCGCGACCUGGCAGCUGCCGAUCCCAAACGAAACAGAUCCGAUCCCUACGUAAAAGUGUACCUAUUGCCUGACAAAUCCAAGGCUGGCAAGAGAAAGACUAGAGUGAAAAAGCACACGAUGAACCCAAUAUUUGAUGAGGUACUUAAGUAUAGUCUACCUUUGGAAGAGCUCAACAGCAGAACACUAUGGUUAAGUGUGUGGCACUCGGACAUGUUCGGGCGCAACAACUUCUUAGGUGAGGUCCAACUUCCUCUGGAAAACAUGAUAUUUGACGAUCCAUCACCAAAGCUCUACCCACUUCAGGAACGAACAGAACCUUUAGAUGAUACUAUGUGUGUCAGUAACAAAGGCGAAAUUAUCGUCGGACUGAAGUGUGUACCACCCGACCCGAACUCAAAAAAACGUACCAAAGGCACAUUCCUUCUGCUAGUGAAAGACGCAAAGAACCUUCAAGCGAUCAAGUCAAACGGCUCAUCCGAUCCGUUUUGCAAAAGUUAUUUGUUACCCGACAAGGGUCGUAGUUCCAAGCAGAAGACCAACGUGGCCCGAAAGACGUGCAACCCGAACUGGAACCAAACGCUUACGUACCGAGACGUAUCUCCAGAAGAAUUGGCGGAGCGGAGUCUGGAAUUGACCGUUUGGGACCACGAUCGGCUGGGCAGCAAUGAGUUUUUGGGAGGCGUCCGCCUAUCAUUGGGCUCAGGUAUGUGUGACGGUAAACCAGUCGACUGGAUGGAUUCCAACGAAAAAGAAACUGCCUUGUGGCAGAGGAUGUUGGACAGGCCAAACUUUUGGGUCGAAGGUUGCCUGACGUUGCGACCGUCGUUGGAGUUAGCGAGCAAAAAUUAAAACUAAUAUCCGUUUAUUUUUUAUACAUACAAAAAUCAUUUAUUUUAUUCUUCAGACGUAUAUAUAUGUCUUCGUAUAUUUUUUUUAAUUAUUAUUAUUAUUCCGCGUCGUGAUGUACGUUGUGCGUACAUUGUAUUAGUAUCAUCAUUAAUGAUUUUAUCAUUAUUAUGAUACAGUAUUAUGUAGGUAGAUACUCACCGACGUGUAAAUUGGUCUUUGAUUUUUUUUAUUAUUAUUAUUUCUAAUUUUUUUUUAUGUUUUGUUGUUUUUAUAUAAACGCUAAGAAUAUCUGUGAUCUGAGAAUAUUUCGAUCGUGUAACAAACGAAGAAUUUAUAAUAGAUAAUUAUAAUGUUUCAGUCUUCCAUUCGAAUUUUGUACGCAUCAUAUUAAUAUUACUAUUAUUAUUAUUAUUAUUAUUAUAUAAUACAUAUUAUGUAGUUUUAAUAUUUACGUGUUUUUAGCUCGUACACGGAUAAUAUUUGUGCGUUUUAUGUGCAUCUCGUGUUAUUUAUUUUUUGAUAAAUGUGCAGUAUUUUUUAUUUUAUUUUACGUAUUACUAUUAUUAUUAUUAUUAUUAUAACUUACUAGGUAUAUAAGUAUUAAGUAUAUUAGUAUAUUAUAUAUAUUAUAUACAAUUCGUCCGAUCGUAGAGCAAAAUAGAAAAUGGGUUGGGGAGAGUACUCUUUGGAGAUUAUCCUAAAAAUAGUAUGCAUCUAGUUCGUUUGGAAUGAUGAACAUUAUAACUUUUCUGAUAAGUAGUCAAAAUAUGUUUCUAUCGGAAAACAUUUAAUGAAUAUUAAAGUGUUGUAAACAUAUUGCUGAUAAAUAUAAUAUAAUGUGUACCUAUUAUAUGAUGUGUACUGCAAAGUUCAUUAUUUUUUGUAUAUACUGUUUUUUUUUUUAACCUGCGCUUCUGUAUCACUGUGUCAAUAACUCUAAAAUGCAACAACAGUUAUAAUAAUAUUGUUAUACAUAAGCUCACAUAAUAUAUUAAUAUUGUGUA